AUGAUUUGCCUUGAACAACAUCAUCAGGAUUCAUCUAUCAUUGAUGAAUGCUAAAUAUAUACUGAAUCCUUAUAAUUAAUCAACUAGGUUGCUUAAAAUUCAGAAACUACUCUAAACUUACCUAGAUUUAAGCCUAAGUAAUCUAGAUAAAGAAGAAAGCCAAUUCUAUAUGGUGAUAAGGAUCGGAGCAGUGCCUUAUAUAAAUACAUUAAAGAAAAACAAAGAAGCUACCUAGAUUCUAAGGUUAAAGCCUCAAAUUCAUUUUUCUCACCAGAAGAAGAUAGAAUCCUUCUGUUAUUAGUGAAAAAAUUAGGUCCUAAAUUUCAAAAGAUUACUAAGUACUUCCCUGGAAAAACUAUGAAUAUGCUUAAGAAUCGAUAUUAUAAAAGUCUCAAAGAUUCGGAAGCUUCAAUAGUACCAAGGGAAAUUGAAGAAGAACUUGCCAUAAAGGACAAAGAAAAAAGAGUGAUGGGAAGAAAAAUUAUUAAAAUCUGGCCAGAGGAAUAAAGAAUGACAGCUCUUAUUGAAAAUAGUGUUCUAUUUCCGGAAGCUAAAUAAAGAAUUUAAGAUUUGUUUUUAACUUUCACUUCAAUAAUUGGGAACUGUAUGAAAUUUGUUUGA